AUGGACUCGGAUGAUGGUGGCACAAAGCGGUCGGGUCGGGGUCGCGGACGCGGUAGAGGUACCCGUGGACGUGGUCGCGGUCGUGGUCGUGGCCGUGGAAAGAAAGCGACCCGCGUUAUAUCUUCCGACGAGGAGGAAGAGGUCGCAUCCCCCGAACCGGAAAAGGAAAACAAUGUAGUGCCGGAAAAGCAGCAUCCAGCUUCCACACCAGCAUCCACUUCUGGCAAACGACGUAGUGUGGAGCAGGAACCAUUAAAGGAUUCGGCACCGGUUGUACCACAACCACCGCUUUCGUCGGUACCUGCCGCACUGGAUACGGAACCGUUGCCAGUUGCGAGUAUCCUUCCGGCACCAACAAGCGCCCCGCUCAUCAUCGAUAUGGAGGCGGACAUUUCGCAACUGGAAGCACCCACCUUCACCACCAUUAGUCGCGGUCCGCCGGAACCGAUGUUGCGGCUUAACUGGAACCACAAGGUCAAUCUGAUCGGUGAGAAAGUGCUCAACCCGAUGAUCUACUGUUGCGAUCAGUGCGACAGUCCGAUCCUGAUCUACGGUCGCAUGAUACCAUGCAAACAUGUGUUCUGUCUCCAGUGUGCUCGCUCCGACUCUUUGAAGGCGUGUCCACGCUGCAAGGAAAAGGUGCUCCGAGUGGAACAGACUCGUCUUGGAACUGUUUUCAUGUGUACGCACGGUGGCACACGGUACGGCAACACGGGCUGUAGGCGCACCUACCUGUCCCAGCGGGACCUGCAGGCACACAUUAACCAUCGGCACGUGACAAAUCCUGUUCCACCACCCCCGAUAGCGUCUGUUCAGAUAUCCAUGCAACCGCUCGUUAUAUCAUCAGCACAUCAAACCGUCCCGGUACAACCGAUGGAGCUGUCGCCGAUGAGUAAACUGUUGUCGGAAAAGGUGAAUGCAAGUGGCGGAGCGGCACAGCGCAAAAAUUCUAGCGAACAGCUUAAUUCACCACGGGCCGGCAUGAUGCGACAGGCCGAUCUGGGCGACAGUUACUACGGUUAUGGAAGCUCCGGUUCGUACUCGUCCAGUCAUUCCACCAGCAACCAACAUCUCCACAUGCCAAUCGGGGCUCCACAGCAAUCCGCUGCCCAACAGCAUCUGUCUCGUACUGGUUACUCACCCUACGGCCAUCAGACGUCUUCACCACAACAACAGCAACAACUUCCACCGUCCACAUCGUCCGCUCUCUGGAGCCAAUCCUCCAGUCAAUACUAUCGCUAG